AUGACCGUCACACGGCUCGACCAGGGGCAGCGCCACCGGCCGCGGAUGGCCUUCCUGAAAAAGAUCGAAGCACUUAUGAUGGAGAUGCAGAAUCCAGACACGGGCAUCAAGACGCAGACACAGAAGGUGAUGAUCACAGACAUCCCACAUGCUGUGGCAGGUAAUGAUAUAUUGCAGUGGAUUCUCCAGCGCUUGCAGAUCACUGAGGAAGAGGCACUGCACCUGGGAGACCUGUUUGUCAAAUAUGGAUACAUCUACCCUCUUCAGGAGCCAAAGAAUCUCACUCUUAGGAGAGAUGGCAGCCUGUACAGGUUUCAAACCCCCUAUUUCUGGCCGGCGCAGAGCUGGCCUGCUGAUGACACUGACUAUGCAAUUUAUCUAGCAAAGAAGAACAUUAAGAGGAAAGGGAUUUUAGAAGAAUAUGAAAAGGAACAUUACAACAUGCUCAAUCAAAAAAUAAACUACAAGUGGGAUUUUGUUAUUAUGCAGGCCAAAGAGCAGUAUAAGGCAGGGAAGGAGCGGAAGAAGGCAGACAGGUACGCUCUGGACUGCCAGGAGAGAGCCUACUGGCUCGUGAACCGGACUCCUCCCGGCAUGCUAAACGUCCUCGAGUAUGGAUUAGACCGUGCAACGGAUCCCAAUGAAAAUAAGAAAACAACUAUGGAAUUUUAUAGGAGAGAGAUCAUGUACUGUCAGCAGGCCAUCAUGAAGUCGAGAGUGAAAUCUUCUGUCUCUCUCGGAGGGCUUGUGAAGUACUCUGAGCAGUUCCUCUCCAAUGAUCCCAUCCUGUCUGGAUGUCUCCCCAGCAACCCGUGGGUAACAGAUGACCCUGAGUUCUGGGAUCUCAAUGCAAAACUAGUGGAAGUCCCCACCAAAAUGCGUGUGGAGCGAUGGGCCUUCAAUUUCAGUGAGCUGAUGCGGGACCCAAAAGGCCGGCAGAACUUCCAGCUCUUCCUGAAGAAGGAGUUCAGUGGAGAGAAUCUGAGUUUCUGGGAAGCCUGUGAGGAUCUCAAGUAUGGAGACCAAUCCAAGGUCAAAGAAAAAGCAGAAGAAAUUUACAAGCUCUUCCUGGCUCCAGGAGCAAGGCGCUGGAUUAACAUUGAUGGCACAACAAUGGGUAUCACAGUCAAAGGCCUCAAGCACCCUCAUCGUUAUGUUUUAGAUGCUGCUCAGACCCACAUUUACAUGCUGAUGAAAAAGGACUCCUAUGGCCGCUAUUUAAAGUCUCCAGUAUACAAGGAAAUGCUGGCCAAGGCUGUUGUGCCACAAGAGACUGUCAAAAAAAGCUCCAAUUUCCCAUUCGGACGCCGUCACCUCCGCUCUAGCCCCAGCCCCAUUGUCCUGAGGCAGCAGGAAGAAGAGGCCAAAGCCAAAGAAGCCGCCGCGACCGUGGACAUCACGCAGGUCAUGAGCAAGCUGGAUCGCAGGAGCCAGCUCCCGAAGGAACCUCCCAAGUAGGCUCUGAGCCUCGCAGGUCACAGCGCAGGGAAAAGACAAGCCGAGGCUGGUGUUGAGCUUCGUCUCCCCUUCCUGAAGGUGUCAGUGCUGCUUUAGGUUUCCCAGGCCGGCUCUGCCAACAGCCUGCUUUUCCUGCAUCUUGCCUUGGUUUCUGGAGCUGUAGAUGUCAUUUCCCAGGCAUGUCAGGCAUGGGAGUGCUGGCGGAGCCACGCCGAUGGCUGUAACGGACUUGGGGUGCAGUGCCUCGGCUCCCUCCCCGCACACCUCGGAGGCGGGGGGGACGCCGAAUGGCUGCCCUGAGCUCCCCCCGGAGGUUGGGCAACCCGGCCGCCUCUCCCUGCCUCCUGCUCCUCCAGGAGGUGGGAUGGCACAAGGCAGAGUAAAGCUCUGCCGUCCCAAUCCUUUGGGUUCAA